UAUUAACCAAAAGGUUGCUGGUUUGAUUCCCUCAGCCGACUAGGUUAAAACAAUCGGUCAGUGUGCCCCUUGAGCAAGGCAUUCAACCCUACAGUAACUGCUCCUGUAAGUUGCUCUGGAUAACAGCAUCUUGUAAAUUACUGUACAUGAUAAACACAUUCUGACUCUAGGCCUAAUCAAGGAUUGUGAAAAAUAUUCCUCUUUUGUGUGAACGUUAUGCCUUGGACACUUUGAAUGUGGUUAUGGCUAGAAAGGAUCCAGCUUUUGUCAAUUUUGACGACCUUUGAUGUGCUCUUUGCAUUUUGUGCUGUGUGCAAGGUGUUACGUCAUUACUUCGAGUGGGAGUUGAGGCUCACGAGACGGUGUGUUCUCAGUUUAUUCAUGUGCGUUGGUAUUUCGGUAUUUGUUUAAGUUUAAUUUUGUCAGGGAUAUCUACACUUUGUUUAGUUAGCGAUUGAAUUUAAAAUAUCAUUCUGAAAUAUCACUGUUGGUGGAGAAAAUGAGUGUUGAGGCGUACGGGCCGAGCUCGCAGACUCUCACGUUCCUGGACACUGAGGAAGCGGAGUUGCUUGGAGCAGAUACCCAGGGCUCGGAGUAUGAGUUCACGGAUUUUACCCUGCCGAGCCAGACUCAAACAGGCCAAACGCAGAGUCAGUUGGAAAAUCAGGUGAAUGGGCCUGAUGGAGUACAGCAGAAUGGGGAUGACCCUGUUGUGAAAGCAAGUCAACUUCUUGCAGAGUUGAACUUUGAAGAAGACGAGGAAGACAGCUAUUAUACUAAAGAUCUCCCAGUCCAUGCAUGCAGUUACUGUGGCAUUCACGAUCCUGCUUGUGUGGUGUAUUGCAACACCAGCAAGAAGUGGUUUUGCAAUGGACGUGGCAAUACAUCUGGCAGCCACAUUGUGAACCACCUGGUCAGAGCCAAGUCCAAGGAGGUGACUCUGCACAAGGAUGGUCCUUUGGGGGAGACGGUGCUGGAGUGCUACAACUGUGGCUGUCGCAACGUCUUCCUCCUGGGGUUCAUCCCUGCCAAGGCAGACUCUGUGGUGGUACUGCUUUGCAGGCAGCCAUGUGCCAGUCAGAGCAGUCUGAAAGACAUCAACUGGGACAGCUCCCAGUGGCAGCCGCUGAUCCAGGACCGCUGCUUCCUGUCCUGGCUGGUUAAGAUCCCCUCUGAGCAGGAGCAGCUGCGGGCCCGCCAGAUCACCGCCCAGCAGAUAAACAAGCUUGAGGAGCUCUGGAAGGAAAACCCCACAGCCACUCUGGAGGACCUGGAGAAGCCCGGCGUGGACGAGGAGCCUCAGCACGUGUUGCUGCGCUACGAGGAUGCCUACCAGUACCAGAACAUCUUUGGCCCCCUGGUCAAACUGGAGGCUGACUACGAUAAGAAACUCAAAGAGUCCCAGACCCAAGACAAUAUUACUGUCAGGUGGGACUUGGGACUCAAUAAAAAGCGGAUUGCUUAUUUCAGCCUUCCCAAGACGGACUCAGGUGACAUGCGCCUGAUGCAGGGAGAUGAGAUUUGCCUGAGGUACAAGGGAGACCUUGCCCCACUCUGGAAAGGCAUUGGACAUGUCAUCAAAGUCCCAGACAACUAUGGCGAUGAGAUAGCCAUCGAGCUGAGGAGCAGUGCUGGGGCCCCCGUGGAAGUACCACACAACUUCCAGGUUGACUUUGUGUGGAAGUCCACCUCCUUUGACCGGAUGCAAAGUGCCCUGAAGACCUUUGCCGUGGACGAGACCUCUGUGUCCGGGUACAUCUACCACAAGCUGCUGGGUCACGAGGUGGAGGAUGUGGUCAUCAAGUGUCAGCUGCCCAAACGCUUCACCGCCCAGGGCCUGCCUGACCUCAACCACUCACAGGUAUAUGCUGUGAAGACUGUGCUGCAGCGCCCUCUCAGUCUCAUCCAGGGGCCCCCUGGCACGGGGAAAACUGUCACUUCUGCCACUGUAGUGUACCACCUGGCCAGACAGGGCAACGGGCCUGUGCUGGUGUGUGCUCCCAGUAACAUUGCGGUGGACCAGCUGACUGAGAAGAUCCACAUGUCAGGUCUGAAGGUGGUGAGGCUGUCUGCCAAGAGCAGAGAGGCCAUCGACUCCCCUGUGUCCUUCCUGGCUCUGCACAACCAGAUCCGCAACAUGGACAGUAUACCAGAGCUUCAGAAGCUCCAGCAGCUGAAGGACGAGACUGGGGAGCUGUCCUCCUCAGACGAGAAGCGCUACAGAGCCCUGAAGCGCACCGCCGAGAGGGAACUACUUAUGAAUGCUGAUGUGAUCUGCUGUACCUGUGUGGGGGCAGGAGACCCCCGCCUGGCCAAGAUGCAGUUCCGCUCCAUCCUCAUUGAUGAGAGCACCCAGGCCACUGAGCCAGAGUGUAUGGUGCCUGUCAUACUGGGGGCCAAGCAGCUGAUCCUGGUGGGAGACCACUGCCAGCUGGGUCCAGUAGUGAUGUGUAAGAAGGCUGCCAAGGCGGGCCUGUCCCAGUCCCUGUUUGAGCGUCUCGUGGUGCUGGGCAUCAGGCCCAUCCGUCUGCAGGUGCAGUACCGUAUGCACCCGGCCCUCAGCGCUUUCCCCUCCAACAUCUUCUACGAGGGCUCCCUGCAGAACGGAGUCACCGCAGCUGACCGCAUCAAGAAAGGCUUUGACUUCCAGUGGCCACAACCAGACAAGCCCAUGUUCUUCUACGUGACCUUGGGCCAGGAAGAAAUUGCAAGCUCUGGAACCUCCUAUCUUAACAGAACUGAGGCUUCCAACGUGGAGAAGAUCACCACCAGGCUGCUAAAGGCUGGGGCCAAGCCUGACCAGAUAGGCAUCAUCACCCCCUACGAGGGCCAGAGGUCCUACCUGGUGCAGUACAUGCAGUUCAGUGGCUCCCUCCACACCAAGCUCUACCAGGAGGUGGAGAUAGCCAGCGUUGAUGCGUUCCAGGGCAGAGAGAAGGACUUCAUCAUCCUGUCCUGUGUCAGAGCCAACGAGCACCAGGGCAUUGGCUUCCUCAACGACCCACGCCGUCUCAACGUUGCUCUCACCAGGGCCAGGUAUGGGGUUAUCAUCGUGGGCAACCCCAAGGCCCUGUCCAAGCAGCCUCUGUGGAACCACCUGCUCAACUACUAUAAGGAGCAGAAGGUUCUGGUGGAGGGACCCCUCAACAACCUGAGGGAGAGCCUCAUGCAGUUCAGCAAGCCCCGCAAACUGGUCAACGCCAUCAACCCUGGGGGCCGUUUCAUGAGCACAGCCAUGUAUGAUGCAAGGGAGGCUCUUAUUCCUGGAUCUGUGUAUGACCGCAGCAGCACUGGACGUUCAUCCAACAUGUACUUCCAGACCCACGACCAGAUCGGCAUGAUUGGUCCGGGCCCCAUGGCCUCCAUGAACAUUCCCUUCAACCUGGUCAUGCCCCCCAUGCCGCCGCCAGGCUACCUGGGCCAGGUCCACUGCCCGCCAGCAGGCCGUGGUGGAGGUAUGAAGGGUAAGGCCGGCGGCGGAGGGGUGCGAGGUGGGCGCCAGCGGAGCCGUGGCAUGGGGAACCACGGCGGGGGCAGCGGGCAGCACGGCCUCAUGAGUGGCAGCCAGGCCAGCCAGGACCUGGGCUCCCAGCCCUUCUCCCAGGGACCCCUCACACAGGGCUACAUCACCAUGAGCCAGCCUUCCCAGAUGAGCCAGCCUGGCCUCUCCCAGCCUGAACUCUCUCAGGACAGCUACCUUGGCGAUGAGUUCAAGUCCCAGAUUGACGUGGCCCUCUCCCAAGACUCCACCUACCAAGGGGAAAGAGCUUAUCAACAUGGUGUGACUGGACUGUCCCAGUACUAGAGUGUUGUGGGAAAAGGAGCUAGGCCUGUGCUGAGCUUAGUUCGUCGCCAUUUUAAUCUGGGUAAUAUCAAAAAAAGAACAUAUGGAUACCCGUUUUCCACUGCUACAACUGAAGCACCACUGUGUGAAAGCAACAGGAGAGAGACCGAGAGAAACCAACCAAUCACAAGAGUGAGAGCAAAAUGGGGGUAGAGCUGGACAAGACAAGAGCGAGGAGGAGGGAGAGAGAAGGCGCUGCUCGCACACAGAGGAGAAGCAGCAUAUGUUGGGGUAGCAGCGUCGGAGCGACAAGCCCUUUGAUGAUGAGUCGAGGGGUGAAAGGUCAUGGAUCCUCAAUGGGGUCACAGGAGUCACAUCCCUACCACCUCUUCUCCCCCAGGGACCACAAGUUAGUUGGCUGAGGACAUUGUUCUCGGAGCAGAGAGACUGAGAAGAGUUCUCACACAACCCUCCAACCUCACUCUACAAAACCGUCUCCUGCCAGCUAGAGGGGAAAAAGGGGACGAAACUCUUGAAGCAGUCAGUCGAUUUGGGAAAAUUUCUAACCUCAAAGUUGAUCCGUGCUCAUGCUCUGCAUUUGAACAUGUUUGAGCGAGAGGCGAGAGGUUUUGGGCAGACCAAGAAUGGUCUUGUUGAACGUCUCAAACGGAAUCAAAUGGUGCAGGAGUCGGAAGAAUACUGACCAUUCAUCUUUUUCAACUUUGAGUUGGAAAGUUUUCUACAUGAGGUCUGUUGUUGCAGAGGUUUUGAAAGCUGGUGAAUUUCACUGGCUUUCCGUUCUGGUCUUUCUGAAGGAUAAGUGGUGGAAUGGCUCUUGAAACAAUUAAAGGAAACAUUAUUGUCUCGAGAUCUGAAGUGGUGGACUUGAAAGAUCUGUAGUUUGCGAGACAGGUUUUUGUUUUUUUCUGAAGUCUAUCUGUAGUACAAAAAGGAGAGUAAAAAGAAUACCAUAACCAACUUAUUGUAAUCGAAAAAGCAGGCAUCACUUGCUCUUUAAAAUAACCUCCAAAUUAUUACUUUAAAAUUAGUCACAGCUUCACAGACAUGAAAUGCCACAAAGAAAGCACUUGUAGAAUGCACAUAUAAUUUGCAUGGCUACAUGGCUAAUUCAUUAAUCCACAUUAAGCAGAGAAGUUAUCCCUAGAGGCCCAAGUUUAAACAUGAAAUUAUGUAUUAAAUCAUGUUUUACUUUGUUGAUCAACAACUCAUAAGAGGUGUUGCAAGGAAACAAGAAUUUCUGUUCAGAGAGGUUAUAGUAAUGAAGUGUGUGAAUACUACUGGGAUAAGACUGCAGUAUUCACAAGUGGAAGUCUGGAUUUGACUACUGAGGAAGGUUAGAAGCCUCUGGCAACUGCUAAUUGUAGGUAUUCAGUACUGGCAGUCAUUGGCCCAUGUGAAAAUGAUAACUGAAUGAAGGUUAUGAACUCACUUAAAAAUAUAAAUAUAUAAUUUCUGACCAUACCUUGAUGAGUUUGUUGACCGAAGGGAGGCAUUUCUGUCAGUAUGUGGCAAAGGAUGAGAACAAAUAUUUGUAUAUUGGUGUUGUAGACACAGUAGGUACUUUUAUAUUUAGUGCCCAUGAAAGGUUAUGGUGUAGAUUUGUGUAGCCCCCACCACAGAUCUAGUCUCAAACCUGACUCUAGGCAAACCAGUGGGUGUGUUCCUUUGCUGAUGCAGGCCAGAUCGUUAUAGAUAUAUAUAGAUAUAUAGCAAUCUGGUCCCUGACGACAUAGUUGAGGAUGUGCCAUGCAACCAAUGGUUGAUGCAUGCAAUGUCUGAGCAGGGGAACAUGACUAGGGUCUGGUUUCAAUGCUCGUGUUCCCCUGGUCAGACAUUGCACGUAUCAAUCAGUGGUUGCGUGCCCUGUCAUCAACUAUGUCAUUAACUGACAGAUUGCUAUGACAUAUGUGGUUAGCUGAUACUUUAAAUGCCAUCAACGCCUGGGCACAGGAACGCCCCCAAUGAUGGACUCUUUUAGCAUAGAGGAACUGUCACUACCUACACUAUAUUUCCAGCAGUAUGUGGACACCGAUUCAAAUGAGUGGAUUCGGCUAUUUCAGACCCAUCUGUUACUUAUGGGUAUAUACAAUCGAGUACACAGCCAUGCAAUCUCCAUAGACAAACAUUGACAAUAGAAUGACCUUACUGAAAUGCUAAGUGACUUUCAAUGUGGCACCAACAAGUCAGUUUGUCAAAUUCCUGCCCUGCUAGAGCUUCCCCAGUCAAUUGUAAGUGCUGUUAUUGUGAAGUGGAAACGUCUAGGAGCAACAACGGCUCAGCCGCAAAGUGGUAGGCCACACAAGCUCAUAGAACGGGACCGCUGAGUGCUGAAGGGCGUAGCUUGUAAAAUUAGUCUGUCCUCGGUUGCAACACAUAGUUCCAAACUACCCCUGGAAGCAACAUCAGCGCAAGAACUGUUCGUCGGGAGCUUAAUGAAAUGGGUUUCCAUGGCCGAGCAACCGCUCACAAGCCUAAGAUCACCAUGCGCAAUGCCAAGCGUUGGCUGGAGUGGUGUAAAGCUCGCCGUCAUUGGACUCUGGAGUAGUGGAAAUGCGUUCUCUGGAAUGAUGAAUCGUGCUUCACCAUCUGGCAGUCCAACGGAAAAAUCUGGGUUUGGUGAAUGCCAGGAGAAAGCUACCUGCCCCAAUGCAUAGUGCCAACCGUAAAGUUUGGUAGAGGAAAAAUAAUGGUUGGGCUGUUUUUCAUGGUUUCGAUUAGGCCCCUUAGUUCCAGUGAAGGGAAAUCUUAAUGUUAAGGCAUACAAUGACAUUCGAGAUGAUUCUGGACUUCCAACUUCGUGGCAACAGCAUGACAAUUCCCCCGUGCACAAAGCGAGGUCCAUUCAGAAAUAGUUUGUCGAUCAGUGUGGAAGAACUUUACUGGCCUGCACAGAGGCCUGACCUCAACCCCAUCGAACACCUUUGGGAUGAAUUGGAACGCCAACUGCGAGCCAGGCCUAAACGCCCAACAUCAGUACCGGACCUCACUAUGCUAUUGUGGCUGAAUGGAAGCAAGUCCCCGCCCGCAGUAAUGUUCCAAGGAAACCUUUCCAGAAGAGAGUAGGCUGUUAUAGCAGCAAAGGGGGGGACCAACUCCAUAUUAAUGCCCAUGAUUUUGGAAUGAUGAGCAGGUGUCCACAUACAUUUGGUAAUGUAGUGUAAGGGAAAAUACAUAUUUUCCAGGGACUCCCAACAAACAAUGAUGCAGACAUGCCAGAACGUUGCGAUUCUAAACUAACGUUUGUAGGCAAAACUUUUGCAGGGGUUUUAUUGAAUGUAGUUUAUGCAAACUAGCCACUUGCUAAAUGCACUGAUUAAAAAUAACUUCUGUGAUCUCUAGCUACUUUUUUGUAUUUUAUAUAAGCGGAUAAAGUAGUGCCGUAGUUCCAUUAUGCCAAGAGUCCAUACCUUAAACCAGAUCCUAGUCACUGUUUUGCCUCGGGUUGCGUUUUCAAGCCUACCACACACCCCCACCCACCCCGUUGGAGAAGAAAAAAUGUAUUUGGUAGAUUCCAAGAACCCUUUUUUCCAGUUGAAGUUGAAAUUUUACUUUCCCCUUUUGAAUGUCCUUUCAAUUUUAUAACUACCAAUACAUAAAUCUUCAAACAUGUAGUAGACCUACCCUGUCACAUGGAGAAUCAUUGAUGCACAGUGCCUUCAGAAAGUAUUCAUACCUCUUAUUCCUUUUUGUUGUAUUUCUAUUGUAUUUAUUUAGGAUCCCCAUCAGUUCCUGCCAAGGGAGAGGCUAUUCUUCCUGGGGUCCAGAAACAUUAAGGCAGUAAUAUACAAUUUAAAAUAUUACAUAACAUUUCAUAACUUUUCACAACACAUUAAGUGUGUGCCCUCAGGCCACUACUCUACUAUCAUAUAUGUACAAUACAACAUCCAUGUGUACAGUCCCCACUGUUCCAUAAGGUGUAUUUUUCUGUUUUUUAAAAUCUGAUUCUACUGCUUGCAUCAGUUACCUGAUGUGGAAUAGAGUUCCAUGUAGUCAUGGCUCUAUGUAGUACUGUUGUGGUCUGUUCUGGAUUUUGGGAUUGUGAAGAGACCUCUGGUUGCAUGUCUUGUGGGAUAUGCAUGGGUGUGCAUUCAGCAUGUCAAUACUUCUUACAAAAACAAAUAGUGAUUUAGUCAAUCUUUCCAACUGGAUGAGAGAUUGACAUGCAUAUUAUUGUUAGCUCUCUGUGUACAUUCAAGGGCCACCCAUGCUGCACUGUUCUGAGACAAUUGUAAAUCCUUCUUUGUGGCACCUGACCACACGACUUGACAGUAGUCCAGGUGAGACACAACUAGGGUCUGUAGGACCUGCCUUGUUGAUAGUUAAGAAGACAGACCUCUCCCCAACUUCAGGUACAUUUGCAUCAACAUGUUUUGACCAUGACAGUUUACAAUCCAGGGUUACUCCAAGCAGUUUAGUCUCCUGAACUUGCUAAAAUUCCACAUUAUUCAUUACACGAUUUAGUUGAUGUUUAGUGUCCCAAAUACAAUGUUUUUAGUUUUAGAAAUAUUUAGGACUAACUUGAAUUGUACAAUAUUUGUACAUUACUUUUAAAAUUCUCAACCUCUAGCAAUGAUCAACAACCAACUUGACAGACAGCCAUUUUCAAGUCUUGUCAUAGAUUGUUAAGCUGAUUUAAAGUCAAACAUUCAAUGUCAUCUUGGUAAGCAAACCCCAGUGUAUAUUUGGCCUUGUAUUUUAGGUUAUUGUCCUGCUGAAAGGUGAAUUAGUCUCCCAGUGUCUGUUGGAAAGAAGACAGAACCAGGUUUUCCUCUUUGAUUUAGCAUGUUCUUAACUAUAUUGUAAAUUAUCCCCCCCAAAACUUCCCUAAUCUUUGCUGAUGACAAGCAUACCCAUAACAUAAUGCAGCCACCACCAUGCUUGAACAUAUGUAGAGUGGUACUCAGUAAUGUGUUGUAUUGGAUUUGCCCCAAACACAACGCUUUGUAUUCGGGACAAAGUUCAUUUCUCUAACACUUUUUUAACACACUUUAGUGCCUUAUUGCAAACAGGAUGCAUGUUUUGUGAUAUUUUUAAUUCUGUCCAGGUAUAUAAAAAAAAUCACUGUCAUUUAGGUUAGUAUUGUGUGUAACUACAAUGUUGAACUGAGGAUGGAUUUCACAGCCAUUAAACUCUUAACUGUUUUAAAGUCACCAUUGGUCUCACGUUGAAAUCCCUGAAUGGUUUCCUUCCUCUCCGGCAUCUGAGUUCGGAAGGUCGCCUGCAUCUUUGUAGUGACUGGGUGUAUUGAUACACCAUCCAAAGCGUGUAAUUAUUAACUUCACCAUGCUCAAAGGGAUAUUCUAUUUCUGCUUAUUUAAUUUUUUGACCCAUCUACCAAUAGUUGCCCUUCUUUGUGAGGCAUUGGAAAACCUCCCCUGGUCUUUAUGGUUGAAUCUGCGCUUGAAAUUCACUGCUCGACUGAGAGCCCUUACAAUGAUCUGUAUGUGUGGGGUACAGAGAUGAUAAACACUAUUAUUGCACACAGUGAUUUUUACUCCUGAACUUAUUUAGUCUUGCCAUAAAAAGGGGUUGAAUACUUAUUUACUCAAGACAUUUCGGCUUUUCAUUUUUUAUUAUUUUGUAUUAAAAAAAAAAAUUUAAUCCACUUUGAUAUUAUGCGGAAUUGUAUGUAGGCCAGUGGCACAAUCUCAAUUUUAAUAUAUUUUCGAUUCAGGCUCUAACAACUAAAUGUGGAAAAAGGCAAGCAGUGUGAUUACUUUCUGAAGGCACUGUAAUUUGUAUCAUUGAUGGUCAAAUUUCUCACGUGUAAAAGUAGUAUUUUGUGACAAUCCUACUUGUCAAUUCCCUGCUGUGUUGAGUUUUUGGUCUGAAAUCUUUCAUUCUGUAAUUCUGAAUUGUAUGUAACCAUCCCUCAUGAUUCAUUACGGUACCCUCCAUUCCAUGUGUGAUAGUGUCAUCUGACCAUUUUUAUGUCAUUUUGCUGAGUCGUGUUAGGCUAUGAUUUUCAGAAGUCAUUGUCGUAUGCUAAUGUGGUUAAACAUUUUCUGUUAUGAACACCUGUGGAAAGACAUUUUAAGAUGUUACCCAUUCUGACUAAAUGUGUUUGUACCUAUCCAUAUCUUCUAGACAUUAACCACAUCCCUCCAAAUACAUUUCGAAAAUGUGUUAUUUCUGACAGCGUUCCCUAUUUGACAACCUGUGCAUGUGCUGUUCGAUAGUACACCUCAAUUAUCAGGUUUCAUCACUAAACAUUCAUGUAUCUUUAUGAAAUUAGCCUAUUGUUGCAAAAGGGGAACUCCUGAAGAGAAAAUAAACUGCUGCUGCAAUACAACUAAAUGGUUAGGGUAUGAAAUUAGUUCAAGUAGAUUAAAUAUUGGUCCACUACAAAUGGUAACUGAUCUUUGCUCAUCUUCAAAUAUCGUUCAAACAAAACACCACUCUUGAGUGUCUCAUGGGUUACAGGGAUUUUGGAAUGCUAAGAACCUUCAAUUAGGACACAGAAUAGUCUAUAUUUGUCCUCUUCCCCCAAUAGCUGGUGUCAUCCUAGUAUCAUUUAUUUUCAUUAUUUGCUUCUGCAGGGUUUUACUUUGGAGUGAAGUGAUGUUUCUUUCUUCUUGGAAAUUGCUUGAUUAUGAUUAUCUAGUUAUUUGGUCAUUUGUUAUACUCUCACUGAAAUGUCAUCCUUGUAACAUCUUUGAAAAAAAUAAAGGUUUCUUUUCACUCA